AUGGUAUGUGUACAAUUUUCAUUUCGUCACCAACCCCUUAGAGGUGCGCUUUUCAUGAUGAGGCAAGAAAUUCACAGACCUGUACCGAAAGUAUACAUGUGGAAACAACUUCAGUCCAACCGCUGUCUGACAUACAAGCGCUAUUCACCUCCAUUUGUUACUGAUCACUUUGAGGAGCCUCGGCUAACAUUAAAAAGCCUUCACAGAGUACAAGACGCCCCAACGCAAAACCCCACACUUGAAUCAUCAAGAGCCUCUGCAGAGCAAAAUACGCUCAGAGGAAACCAAUCCAUUUGA